AUGGAAUUAGAAAUGUUCUUUGAGAGAAUAAUUGUAUCACCUUUCUCCUGUGGACGAGACACAAAUAGUGGAGAAUCAGUUCAGGAAUUGAAUUGGAAUCCACAUGGAUUGUUUGAGAAGAGUUUGAAUGCCACGUUUAUUGCUUUCAUUCCGAAAAAGGGAGGGGUGUUAGAUAUUAGGGACUUUUGCCCUAUUAGCUUGGUGGGUUGCUUUUACAAGUUGAUUGCUAAAGUCUUGGCUUCUAGGUUGAGGAAGGUCUUGGAUGAUGUUAUUUCUGAUUCUCAGAAUGCCUUUAUGGGCGGUUGUCAGAUUUUGGAUUCAGUUCUUAUUACUAGUGAAUAUGUGGACUUCAACUUGAGUAGUGAGAUUCUGGAUGUUUUAUGCAAGUUGGACAUCGAGAAAACAGCUCUGACGGGUUUCUUCUCUAGUUCGAGGGGUUUGAGACAAAGAGAUCAUUUGUCUCCGUUCUUUUUCCUCUUUGUGAUGGAGGCCCUUAGCAAGUUGAUUCAGAGGGCGGUUGAUUUGGGUUGUUUGAUAGGCUUUCGAGUGGGCAGGGAUGUUGCUAGUCAGUUGGAGAUCUCCCGCUUGAUGUUUGCUAAUGAUACUCUUAUGCUUUGUGAUGCUAAUGCGUACCAGUUGAGAUAUCUGAGAUGCGUCUUGGUUUGGUUCCAAGUAGUUUCUGGGCUUAAGGUGAAUAUUAGAAAAAACAUUCUUAUGCCGGUUAGGGAGGUUCCUGAGAUUGAGAUGUUUGCACAGAUUCUUGGAUGCCGCACUGGCUCAUUUCCCAUUUCUUACCUAGGGUUGCCCUUGGGUGCUCCUUCGAGGUGUGUGGAGAGCUAG